GCAGAGUCCAUUACGAGCACUUGUUCUCUGUCGCCUCUCGCCAUCUCCCUUUUCCUCUUCUCAUCUCCUCCCUCCUCUCCCAUCUUCUCUCAAAAAACUGGACAAAAUCAUGUCUGGUCAGCCCCCCUACAACCCGAACGCUUUCGAGUUCCGCCCCGGCCAGACCUUCGUCCCCAGAGGCCAGCAGCAGCAGGGUCAGCAGGGCCAGCAAGGCCAGCAGUACGACCAGUACGCCGCGUACGGCGGCGCGCCCUACGGCCAGCAGCAGGGUUACCCCCAGCAGGACGGGUACGGCCAGUACCCCCAGUACGGCGGCGGCUACCAGCAGCAGGGCGGGUACCAGCAGCAGUACCAGGGGCAGGGCUUCCAGCCGCAGCCGCAGCAGCGUGCAUACCAGCCUGCAGCGCGCCAGGGCUUCCAGCCGCCGUCGUUUGGUGAUGCGCCCCGGUCCGCACCGAGCCUCAACAUCGGAGGUGGCGCCCCCAAGGCCGCGCCGUCGUUGAGCAUCGGUGGGGGUGCGCCCAAGGCGGCUCCAUCGCUCAGCAUCGGUGGCGCGAAGCCGGCACCCAGCGUCAAGAUCGGCGGCGGGUCCAAGCCGGCGAGCCUGAGCAUUGGCGGGUCCAAGCCCGCUCCGAGCUUGAGCAUUGGCGGGUCGAAGCAGCCCGUUUCUAUCGGCAAGAAGGCCGAGGACUCCAAGUCGGCGACCCCCUCCAAGCCCUCCACCCCUGCACCGGAGCCGAAGGUGGCAAAGUCCGAGGCGCCCAAGGCCGAGUCGAAGGAGGCCAAGGUUGAGCCCAAGGCUGAGCCGGCUGUCGCGAAGGCUGCCGCUACCCCGUCUGCCUCGUCUGCUGCUCCCAGCGGCACCUCGACCCCAAACUUCUCCAAGGCAUCAGCCAAGAACGACGCCGAGGCGGUCCACAAGGAGAUGGCGGCCGCGGGCCAGGAUGCUCUUCGGGACCUGUACGGCACCGAGGAGGCCGACCCCAACGUCAAGUCGCACCUGAACAUCAUCUUUACCGGCCACGUUGACGCUGGCAAGUCGACUAUGGGUGGUCAGCUCAUGGUGCUCACCGGCGCUGUCGACAAGCGUACGCUCGAGAAGCUGAGCCAGGAGGCCAAGACUGCCGGUCGUGAGAAUUGGUAUCUCUCGUGGGCCCUGGACCAGAACAAGGAGGAACGCGCGCAGGGUAAGACGAUCGAGGUUGGUCGCUCGUACUUUGAGUCGGAGAAGCGGCGGUACACCAUCCUCGACGCGCCUGGCCACAAGACGUUUGUGCCCAACAUGAUCCAGGGUGCUGCGCAGGCUGACGUUGCGCUGCUUGUCCUGUCGGCCCGCAAGGGCGAGUUCGAGACCGGUUUCGAGCGUGACGGCCAGACGCGUGAGCACGCCAUGCUCAUCAAGAACAACGGCAUCAACAAGCUCAUCCUUGUCGUGAACAAGAUGGACGACCCGACAGUGCAGUGGGACCAGGCGCGCUUCGACGAGAUCAAGGCUAAGAUCACGCCCUUCCUCAAGUCCGUGGGCUUCAACCCCAAGACGGACCUGACCUUCAUCCCCGUGUCGGCGCAGAUGGGCCAGAACAUGAAGGACCGCGUCGACCCCAAGGUCGCGGCGUGGUACGAGGGCCCCUCGCUCCUCGAGUACCUCGACAGCAUGGAGGUGCUGGACCGCGACGUAAACGCGCCGUUCAUGCUCCCCGUUUCGGAGAAGUUCAACGAGCUCGGCACAAUGGUCAUGGGCAAGAUCGAGUCGGGCCGUGUGCGCAAGGGCGAUACGCUCCUGCUCAUGCCCAACAAGCGCUCGGUCGAAGUCGCCGCGAUCUACACCGAGACGGGCGAGGAGCUCGACGUCGCCUUCUGCGGCGACAACAUUCGCAUGCGCAUCCGCGGCAUCGACGACGACGACGUCCAGCCCGGCUACGUUCUUACCUCGCCCUCCAAGCCCGUCAAGGCCGUCACGGCGUUCAAGGCCGACCUUUCGAUCAUCGAGACCCAGAACAUCAUCACUUCGGGCUACACCUGCGUGCUGCACGUACACACUGCGACCGAGGAGGUGACGCUCACUGCCCUGCUGCACUACUACGACAAGAAGACGCGCCGCAAGUCCAAGAAGCCGCCCCAGUUCGCCAAGGUCGGCAUGCUCGUCUCGGUGCUCAUCGAGACCAAUGCCCCGCUCUGCAUCGAGCGCUGGCAGGACUACAAGAUGCUCGGCCGGUUCACGCUGCGCGACCAGGGGAAAACUAUUGCCAUCGGCAAGGUCACAAAGCUCAUCGAGAAGGACGACAUGCCCGACGUCGGCGGCCUUUCCGUCAAGGCCUAAGUGCCAAGUAGUAAGAUACCCGCGCGCCGCGCGUAGUCCGAUCAUGUCACAGUUAGAGCCAGG